AGGAGAGCGGAAGUGGCGUUGGUCUGGCCGGAGCCCUUGGGUGAAAUUGUUAGGCGUGGAGAGGGAGUGAUGUCUUCCAGACUCGGUGCAGUCCCCGCUACCCCGGGACCCACGUCCUUUAAGCAGCAGAGGAGCACCAGGAUCGUGGGAGCUAAGAAAUUGGAUCAUUUCUAUUGCUCUGUCUUCAAGUUCACAGACUCUUUCCUCAGUCAUCUUCAUUCUGCUACUGAACCCAUGCAUGCCGAGAAUCGAACCCAGUGCCUCACACAUGCCAGUAGCAGGACCCAGUGCUCCAUAAAGGAUAAUAGUUUCCAGUACACUAUCCCUCACGAUGAUUCCUUAAGCGGCUCAUCAUCUGCCUCUUCAUGUGAACCAGUGAGUGAUUUUCCAGCAUCCUUCCGAAAAUCUACCUACUGGAUGAAAAUGAGGAGAAUCAAACCAGCUGGAACUUCUCGUACUGAAGGGUCAGGUGGAGUAUCAGCAAAAGGAAAAAGGAAACCCAAGCAGGAAGAAGAUGAAGAUUAUGGUGAAUUUCCUCAGAAAAAGCAUAAGCUUUAUGGGAGGAAGCAACGGCCUAAAACUCAGCCUAAUCCCAAAUCCCAGGCUCGUCGUAUUCGGAAGGAACCACCAGUUUAUGCAGCAGGCAGUUUGGAAGAACAAUGGUACUUAGAAAUCGUGGAUAAAGGCAGUGUUUCCUGUCCUACCUGCCAGGCAGUUGGGAGGAAGACCAUAGAAGGUUUAAAGAAACACAUGGAAAACUGCAAACAGGAAAUGUUUACUUGCCAUCAUUGUGGGAAACAACUUCGUUCACUGGCAGGGAUGAAGUAUCAUGUCAUGGCGAAUCAUAAUAGUUUGCCCAUUUUGAAGGCUGGAGAUGAAAUAGAUGAACCAAGUGAGAGGGAACGGCUUCGAACAGUCCUAAAGAGACUGGGAAAGCUCAGGUGCAUGCGUGAGAGUUGCUCCAGUACCUUCACCAGCAUUAUGGGAUAUCUAUACCAUGUUAGAAAAUGUGGCAAAGGGGCUGCAGAGCUGGAGAAGAUGACUCUGAAGUGUCACCACUGUGGAAAACCAUAUAGAUCGAAGGCUGGACUUGCAUAUCACCUGAGGUCAGAGCAUGGGCCUAUUUCCUUCUUUCCAGAGUCGGGACAGCCAGAGUGCUUAAAAGAUAUGAGCCUGGAGCCAAAAAGUGGGGGGCGAGUUCAGAGGCGUUCUGCCAAGAUAGCUGUAUACCACUUGCAGGAGCUGGCCUCUGCUGAACUGGCCAAGGAGUGGCCUAAGAGGAAGGUGCUUCAGGACCUGGUACCUGAUGAUCGAAAGUUAAAAUAUACUCGCCCUGGGCUACCUACCUUCAGCCAGGAAGUACUACACAAGUGGAAGACAGAUAUCAAGAAGUAUCAUCGUAUUCAGUGUCCUAACCAGGGUUGUGAGGCUGUCUACAGUAGUGUAUCUGGCCUUAAAGCUCACCUGGGCUCUUGUACAUUGGGAAACUUUGUGGCUGGAAAAUACAAGUGUCUUCUAUGUCAGAAAGAAUUUGUAUCGGAGAGUGGUGUCAAGUAUCACAUCAACUCUGUCCAUGCUGAGGAUUGGUUUGUUGUAAAUCCAACAACCACCAAAAGUUUCGAAAAGCUGAUGAAGAUAAAGCAGCGGCAGCAGGAAGAAGAAAAGCGGAGGCAGCAGCACAGGAGCAGAAGGUCUCUUAGAAGGCGGCAGCAGCCUGGCAUUGAGCUUCCUGAAACUGAGCUGAGUCUUAGAGUAGGGAAGGAUCAGAGGAGGAAUAAUGAGGAACUGGUCGUGUCGACCUCCUGUAAGGAAUCAGAGCAGGAGCCAGUGCCCGCACAGUUCCAGAAAGUAAAGCCCCCAAAGACGAAUCAUAAACGAGGAAGGAAAUAGGUAGUCAGUGAAAGUGCUCCUAGGAGAGUGAAUGUGAUGCUCUUGUCACAGGGAACUAUGUGGGGAGGCCUGAGUGGUGGGGCUGAGCGAAGAUGCUUUCAGCUAUUCGUGUAAGGCUGUGACUUUCUCAGCUCCUUUCUCCUGUGUAAAUUUCAUUGUCUUCUCUACUAACUCACUUUCAUUCUCCCUCUUUCCCCUUUUAGUAGGUUUUCCUACUAUUCCUCUUUGGAGUCCUCUUGUUUUUCUCUUCUCUUGCCCAAAGAGCUCCCUCUUAAGGCCAAGUAUAUGCCCCUCUUGCCCUAUUCAAGAUUAAGAAACCUGUUUGGUUGUCUUUUCCUUCCUGGGGUUUGAAUGUUCUUGGAAGCUCCAUUGAUUUAGUAGCCAUUCCAUCAUCUAGCUUAUAAAACAAUUCCAAACGAAUUUUUUAAAACCAUACUGGUUUAUCAUUUUGUAUUUGUGAUAUUGUUAUAGAAGCUAGAACUGUUGUCACUUAUAUAGUAGGUUACCCUGUCCUCUUGGGAAGCAAAACUUUAUGGAGGCUGUUGUGUGUCCUCAAUAUGGUUUUAGGAUUGAAAGUAAGAAAAGGACUUAGUAAGAAAAAGUUAGAACCUCCCUCCACUGGUUAUACUGGGAAAUCUUUCUACCAGGUAGCAGUGACUAACUAGACCCACAGGCAUGAAAAGCAGCCUUAGRAGUAAUGUGGCCCAAACAUUAAAAUGACUAGAAAGAAAAAAGUAGAAGCAAUAAAUACUGCUCCAAACUUUCUGGGGCCUGAAGUCUCAUCUGUUGCAAUGAUGCCCUCCUGAAGCUUGCUUUUGCUCCCUUGAUUCUAAGGAUUGAGAAAUGUCACAAUGCCCCUGACACAGUAGCCUACUGCUCCUGGUAAUGCCAUUAAGAUUGGAAAUCAUGGUGCACAUUCCUUCUGCCCUGGAUUUUACCUCACUUGUUAGUCUAUAAUCCUGCUAAGUCCUCAUCCAUUCCUUUAGACAACCCUGUGUCUGAAUUUUCUGAGAAUAUUGUCCUUCUAUCCUCUUUUAUAUAUGAAGUUCUAUCCUCUUUAUAUUCUGACACUUUGACACCAGAUGUAGAUAUUAAUCUGGAGCUGGAAAGUAAAGUUCUUUUUCUGUACCUCAUACUUACCUGGUAAUGUUUAAUGGACUCUUCCCCUUUGAGGGUGGCUUUCUCUGGAGUAUUGGUUAGAGCAGCAUUGUGUUUCUGGAUUCUCUUUCCCCUUUUGCAUAAAAUGUUGGUCUUAUAUAUUCUUGCCUAUUUUGUGGCAUAUGCCACUUAAAAAAUUAGACUUGAUGUGGAUGAAUACUACCUUUCAAAUUCUGAAGGCUAUUACCACCCUUUAACUCUGUUGUUUGUGCUCCUCUGAAUAGCUUUAACAUGUGGGCUUUUGUGAAGACCACUUUCAAACAAGGGAGCAUUGAAACCUGGAUUAGAUACUGCCAGAAUAGGUAGUUUUGAAACAAGUGAAGGAAAUGGAAUGUCUACACUACAUUUUUAUUGGUAGUUGCAUCCUUAAAACCUUUCAGUAGAUGAGGGUUGUCAGGGAGGAGAAAUGAAGAAGCUAUGUUAAUUUCUGGUGAGUAAGACUUGGGGAAUGUUUGGCAAUGACAAAAGAAAUAAAUGGCUCUC